UAUUGACAGAUUCCAAUAUGAACUCAAGUGAAGGAUGCCCAAGUAUGAGGCCAAGGCCAGAGGGUCUUAACUCUGCCAAUGCCAAAGGUGGUGUAUAUGGUGUACCUGAUGUUCUAUAUCAGGGGUUUCAGAAUGUAAGAAAUGAUCUCACAGCAUCACAUCCACUUGAGCAUUCAGAAAAGGAGUGGAGAGCCAACCAAGAGAAGAUGGACUUUGCAAUGUUAAGACAAGUACAGGGAAUUCAUGCACCUCUUAGGCUACAGAUGGAAAGGAAUUUUGCCAAUAAGAUUGGUAGGUUACCUUGCCUCCAAAGUUCCCAUGUGAUGUUAGACUCUUUAACAGGAAAGGAUGAGGAGAUAGACUAUGAAGAUAUCCUCAACUCUCCAGCUGACUCUGAAGUUUCUGGCCAGCCUCACAUGAUGGUGGAGAAACAAAUGGGACUGUUGUGAUGAUGAUGAUGCUCAAAUUUUUAUUAUGAUUAUCUCAUCAAAAUAGUAAAAUGGGAGCAGCGCGUUGACCGUUGGUGAACUGUGACAUUGUGUACCUGCAUUGUUUAAAACUGUUGAACUUAUAAAUGUACACUGGAGUCUGCAGUGAACACAAGGAAUGCUGUUCUUGGAUAGGAAAAUAUGAUUCACUUGUAAAUCUAUGUGAAAAAUCUGUAUGAAUCCCCAUGCAUCCCCACAUGCAGGCCAUCUGAACAACAGUGGCAAGCUGCACAGAAACAUGUAAUAUCUGGUGUGUUUUGGAUAAUUUCUGGAAGCUCCAAGGAAGCAUUUCUUAAGAAUAUUUCACAUGUAGUCUUUUGAAUUUUGUAUUAGAGGUAUUUCCUCAGAAGGCCAAAAAUGUCAAAUUGGUGAUAUUCACUGAAUAUUACUGUAGUGUAUAUAGUGAUUCUCAAUAAAAUUCUAUGUUGAACUC